GGUAUUUUGCAGCGAUUCUGUCGUGUGAGAAGCCAUGGCAAAGCUUAAGCGGAGACUUCUGCGGAGCUCAUAUGUUUCGCAGUGGAUCGCAUGGCUGCUCGUAUGUCUUUGGCUGCUAAGUCCUGACCGAUCCAUGGAUAGCCAGGAGGUUGGCUUCUCGCUGCCAAAGCAACAGCGAAGGGCCAAGGUGGUGGUUACUGAUGUGGACGGUACCUUGAUGAAUUUGGCCCAUGCUCUACCAGAUGCGCAUCGCGAGGCACUUCGCGAGUGUGUUCGCCAGGGCAUUCCGGUGGUCUUUGCGACUGGAAAGCAUCGUGGCCCUUGGGUUCAGCGACUUCUCUCGCAGGUGGUUGACACCGAGAUUCAAGCCCUGUCCCCAUGGACUUUGAAUGCGCCUGGAGUCUUUGUGCAGGGCCUUCGCGUCUGCGACGCUGACGGUCAGGUCGUAAGCUCCACAUUGUUGGAGCGGAAGAUAGCCAAGGUCUGCAGUGAUUUGGCGCAGAAGAAUGGCUGGACUCUGUUGGCCUACACUGACACAGAUGAAAUUUGGAGUAAUCAACCUGAUCGUGACCAUCUCUGGCAAGAAGCUCUAGGCGAGCCACCAUUGAUGGUUAAAAGCCUGGAUGACUCCAUUGGUGUUCACAAGUUGAUCUUCCUUGGGCGGCCAGAGGAUGAGCAGGAUUUGCGACGGUCAAUUGAAUCAAAAGUGGGUGAGGAGGCCUCCAUCACAGUAGCAAUUGCUGGGAUGGUUGAAGUUCUGCCAAAGGGCACGUCAAAAGCGAAGGGAGUGAGGCUUGCUUUGGAAGUCUUAGAUGUGGACCCAAGCGAAGUUCUAGCUUUGGGCGACGGCGAAAAUGAUGUCGAGAUGAUGGAAUUGAUUCGUGAGACCAUUGAACCCGAAGAAUAUCUAGCUGCACCUCUGCUGCUCUUUGUCAUCCUCCUGGGUGCAAUUCUUGGAUCUGUCAGCGCUGAAGGAGAUGAAAUUGCAGGCCAUUGGAUGUGGGCGUCAAUCUUCGGUUUCUUGGCCGCGAUCUCAAGAGCAACCUGUUCCCUGCAGCAACGGAAUUCCUGCAGCCAAAUGCACCAUGUCGUGAUGCUGACGUAUUCUGGAACCAUAGGCCUUAUCAUGUUUGGUCCCAUUGCGGCUGCUUAUCCUCAACAUGCCCGCGCGAUGUUGUCCUUGGACAUGACGAACUUUGCGCCUCUGGUGCUGUUUGGUGUGCUGAGCCUUUCUUUUACCUUGGGCGUGCUUAAGGCAGCCAACAGUGUUUGGGGCACCAUGUCAGAAUCCACCUACACAUUGGUGGCAGGUUUGUCGCUUUGCCUUCAAUUUGUUGCUGAUCUCACCUUCUUCCCAGUCACUUGGGCACGCUUCACACAAUCCAGUGUAGCGCUGGCGGCAUCUUGCAUGAUCUUCUCAUAUGCCGUGUCCUACAAGCAAGUGAUCCGUGCUGAACAAUGCUUCUCCACCGCGUAUAGUCUCUUUGAGCCUCGGAACUUUCAAGGAUGACAUGAGUGGGAGCUAUUUAGCAGGAGAUACCAUGAGAUCGAAGAAUAUAAGAAUGACAGAUUGAUGCGAAACCAUGAAAUUGGGUGUAGAUAUAUCAGAUGAAAUCAGGAGGCGUGGAGCCAAUGAGCUUCAUGCAUCCGCACCUUGCCGGCUUUCACCUAGAUGAUUCCGCUGUCAAAAAAAC